CUCCGCCGAGUCGGCAUGGACGGGGCGGGCGCGGACGAGGAGCGGGCGUCCGAAGGGUUGGAUGCUGAUGCUGCUGGUGGGCAUGGUACAGGGAGCAGUAUGCUGUCUGUGUUCCAAAGCACAGCUAUAAAGGAAGUUGAGGAUAACUUGGGAACAGAAGACAGAAUCAGCUUUAUAAAGGAGGUGGAGGAAGAUGGAAGAUACUGCACCCUGCAGGCAAGUGGGUCAGCUUCUCAAGCCUCAGUGGCCCUUGAUGGCCAGCUUGACCUUACCUCAGUAUGUGGGAGGCUGUCAAAUUUCCUCAGUGACACAAAGGCUGUGCCUCCACUUUCUGUGGUUGAAUUUGCACAGGAGCCCACAGCACAAUCAGGGUCCUAUGAGCAGUGUCAGAGCUAUUGCUCUGAUGGGAUUGAAAAGGAGGCAAAAAAGAAGAAAAGUAAAACCAGAAAUGAGACGUGCUCCAAUAAAGUACCUGGUGGAAUCCCUGAAGACCUCUGCAGACAGGAUGUGUGUUGCCCAGCUACUCACCAAUUAUCCAAAUGUACUUCAGGCAGUGUUGCAGCUCAGCAAUCCUGCUACAUGUCUUCAGUCCUGGAAUGUGGAAGUAGCCAUGAUGGGACCAAGGGAAAGAAAAAAUUAUUUCGGAAUCCAGUAAUUCUGCCACCAGUCAAGAAGAAGAUACGCACCUUCUAUAAUGCAGGGCAGUUAGAAGAGUUGGAGAAGAUGUUCCAAGAAGACCACUAUCCUGACAAUGAGAAGAGGAAGGAGAUUGCAGCUGUGGUUGGUGUAACACCACAGCGUAUCAUGGUCUGGUUUCAGAAUCGCAGGGCAAAGUGGCGGAAAUCAGAGAAGUUGAGUGUGAAAAGCAACAAAAAACAUUCAACAUCCUCAGCACCGACACCUCUUCCGCCCGUGCCUCCAUUGCCUGACAUUGCUCAUGACCAGUCUGCUGUGCUGGACGUUGAGGCUACAGGUGGGAACUACUCCAGCUUGCUCAGUGGAUAUCCUGCACCACCUGACUCCUCCUCAGUAUCAUCAGUGGUAGGAAAAGUGACAUCCUGUGAAGCAGUUCAGACAAAGGUGUUGCCACAGCUCAACUUCAGUUUCAGCAAAAUGGAGUGCUUCCCUAGUCUUCCCAGUCCUCCACCCAUCCGCCGGGCCAGCCUGCCUCUCAGUUUGGCUGUCAACUUGCCCAACCACGUUGCUCCCUUGAUGCUGGACACUCCCAACAGUGAAUGCUGCUUUUCCUGUCAGCAAAAUGGCUCAAGGGAGGCCUUCAUGCACAGCAUCCAGAAUCAAGGCUUGAAUUCACCAAUUCUCUUCAAUUAUCCUGAGGAACUGGAGUCAGCAGGCAACCUAGAGGCCACAUACUGUUCAUACAGCAGCCAGGAUGGAAUUUAUCAGCUGCCCCAAUAUCCCCAGCAGCACCAGCUCUCCCAGUUUCACCAUCUGCCAGCUCACCUGACCAGCAAUGUACUCUCCAGUGUCCACCUCAGUCCUACAACACCCACUGAGUCUCAUACAGCUUUCCUCUCCUUACCUAGUAACAGUGGAGCUGUAACCCAUGGGGCAUCAGGAACCACACAAGCAUACAUACAAAGCCAUGUGGGGGAACAGCUCUUGUUACAGCAGCCAAGUGAAAACUCAGCAGGCAUCCCUUCCUAUCCAGCUGUCCCCUGGAAUGAUUUCUACAUGCAGGGAGCUCCAUUCUCAAAUCAGUUGUGCUCACAAGUGCUAUUUUCUAGCACAACAGGAGGAAAGUACUUCACUGAGCAGACUUCCUAUGCUCAGGAACCUUGCCUACCCACCUCCCCCCAUUUUCAAGUGCCCAAUGGAACAACACUGGGAUCCAUACCACAUGAUGAAAAACAAAAAGGAGGGACACCAUCAGACCACAGUUCAUAUCAGAAUCACCAACGACAGCCAGAGAUGACAUCUCUUCCUGAAAGAGAGGAAGUAGAGAGUAGCAGCAAGAAAGAAGAGACUAUUGUUGAAAUUAAGAAGAAACUAAUGACUGAUGCUCCACUCUGAGAGGACAAAAAAAAAAAAGGAAGAGGAAACGUUGCCAUUUUUUAAACUCUGCAAAAUAAGAGACCGAAAACAAGAGACAAGAAUAAUAUUUGCAACAGAAGCAAUAUUUUGUUUCUUUUUUGGGGUUGUAUUUUUUUUUCCUUGUUGCCAUGAUUAUUUUCUUGCUGAGGGAAGAAGAAGGGAAAUUUCAGCCAAUAAAGGCUUCUGGUCUGUGUUUUUUUGCAAACCUCCUGACUUUAUUCUUAAUUAAUGAAUUCUAAUAUUGAGCACACAGACAAGAAAAAGCUGAUACAGACACCACAGCCCCAUGAGUAAGUGGAAAUUCCAGAUUAUGCAAGAGUCAGAAGGUAUGACUGGUAUCCUGGAAUCCGUGGGAAGACAGCCCCAGAAGAAUAAGGCAUUUGCAAAACAGGGAGAGGAGUUCCAGCAACUACACCUAAUCUUAGGGACUCCAAACAGUGAAAGAAGUGUCAUUGGAAGUGAGCAGUGGUUUGGUGUUUACUAGCUUUGAAUUCCUUUUCUUUAAAAAUAUUUAAUAUAAAACUAUAACAAUAAAUGUCAGCAAAAUUGGGAUUAUAAAUGCUGGCAGUGUAACCAGAUCCCUCUCAGUUAUGAAUUGGUUUAGCAUCCCAUUUGAAUUGUACAUGGGUUUGAAUGUCUGAGGAUUGUGUUAAGUUUUUGUUAUGAACUAGUUGACAACUGAAGUAUUUGGUGGGUACCACUUUCUUAAGUUACUUGGUCAUCAUCUGUGGAACUAACCCAACUGGUAUUGCUGAGAUGGUUUAGUUAUCUCAAAAGUGGUUAAGCUCUUUACUGUCUUUGAGUUAAGUGGGUAUGCCUUGCAUUUAUAUUUGCAUCCUGUUGGAUGUUUUACAGUUUAAUCUGAUGGGAUAUUUUAUAACUGUGGCUUUUUUUCAUGCAUUCCUCAAAUCUUACUGUGGGAAUAUCACACUGCAGUGUCAGCAGGAGUAGUGCAACAGAGCAAGUAAUCUUGGCUUGAUAGUCUCAGCUUUUGCUUUACCUGGGGCUGUCAUCCUGGGAAACGGAUAUAACAUGUCUCUGAAAUCAGUCAUCAUCAGCAGUAGCCAAGGACUCAAGUGAAGAGAUUGUUUACUCUGGUGCAUAAACAUAUGGCUGCAGUCUGCAGGAACUGUGAUUCCCAAAUGAACUUUAACCACCCAAAUGUGUGGAAUAUAUGAGUAGCUAAAACAGUAUGUCAGGCUCUCACUGUGUCCUUGUGAGGAAAGACUGUUGUGUUGUAGGAAGCUGGGGGUGCGUUUCCUUUGAUAACUUGUGCUUAACCCAGAGUCUUUCCGCUGUCUUUUGGAGGCAGGCAAGGCCUGAAUAGUUUUCCUGCACUGAGCUUCCCUUCCUCCUGCACCUUCCAGCAGGGCUGAGAAGGCCAGGUCCUGGGGGAUGGCCCCAAGUCCUCAGCACCACCAGUGCUCUAGACUUCUGUUUAGCUCUGGGGCUCUCUUCUGUUAUUUGAGAGGUUAAGAUAUAGUAAUUUACAGUGAUUUAAUUACCAAAUAACAAGUGGGAUAAUUUGGGAAUGUGAAGUUUUCCAAGCUCUUACUUAGAGAGAAAAAUGUUUUGUUUUCCUCAUACUAUGCACUGAAGAAAAUUUUCGUAAUUUGAAGUGAAUUUUAUACAGUCCUUUACUGAAAAGAAUAGUAUUUGAUUGGUGACUUCUCAACACCUU